AAUCCAUCCCCAUUGCCCAGCAGUGUAUACCGCAUACCGAAAGACAAACCGGGAGAGAAAUAUAUCACGGAUUUGAUCUGGUUUCUCCACCCGAAUCGGGGACACCUAGUUAAAAGAUUGAAACUUUAUGGAACCAUGGAAUCAAAUUUUGACUACAAGAUCUUCCUAAAAGUUGUGACGGGAUUGCAAGAAAAUUUGGAAGAAUUGAAAUUGAUUGCGCCCUUCGAGACACGGGAAGAGUACAAAAUCGCAAAAAAUCUUGACUUCAAGAGGCUCAAAUACUUUUCUUGUUAUCUCAGUAAUUUGGAAGGCAGCAUUUCCUUCGAUGCGAACGAACUCGUCUGGGUGGCACCAUGGGCAUCAGCAAUUGUGGGGGUGGAAAGAAUGAGAAUUUCCGGUUUUUCUGAUAUACCGUCCUGGUUCGUGAAAAGGUUGGAAAUCAUUGGCCCUUCCUCGUUCCAUAAUUUGACUCAAUUUGCCUUCGAUGUUUACGACUAUACCGUGGUGUCGAUCGGACUGGAUUUUGCAGCUGGGUUGAAACAACCACUCAAACUUUUACGCGUGUCGGAGCUACUGGAUGUGGAGAAUUGUCACAAGUUUGAAAACUUGGUGGAGAAAAAUGCCAAAAGUUUGGAAUCCUUGGGAUUUAUUGUGUCAACUAUACGAAAUGAUAAAAAGGUUAAAAGUUUGCAAAUUCGACUACCGGCGCUGCCCAAGUUGCAAAAACUUUUCUUUUCCGUGGAACGAGGACCUGUGUUGUAUUAUAACAGGAGUGAGAUCAAGGUCACUCUGACCUUUCCAGGGGUUAGUGAAACGGUCAACUACAAGGAGCACCUUCCGUCCAUUCGUUGCAUGAAAAUCCACCCGGAGGGUGGGUCUGGACGUUGUACGUAGUGGGAAAAGUAUGGCGAUUUUUUCGACACCUUCCUCCCCAAGGGAGACAUGUCAGAAGUUUGUAAAACUCUGGAAAUUUUGGACAUUCCGUACGAGACUUGGGAUAAUCCACCAAUUCCAUACCCACGAGUGGCCGAACUUCCUGGAAUAUUUCCAAAUGUGGGGAACAAGUUUAUGACGAAAUUUAGGAAGAUGUAAUGUAAUCCUCCCCGUAAACCAGAUUGGUAAAUAUGAUUGAGACGAAGACUUAAAUAUAAGUAUGCUUUCGAGAUUGGUAUAAAAAGUUAGUAACAAUUUGUCGGCCUUUUUAAUUAGUUGUAAUUCUUUCUGGUUUUGUAAUUCAUCUUUAAAUAUUGUUUGUUUAUCAACUUGAAAUAUGUAUGUUUACAUUUGUGUUUUGUAUGAAAUUUCGAUGAUCGAAUACUUGGCAAUAAAUACCUUUAUUUGAACAAAGGUCGUCGACAGUUCUGCCAGUGAAAACAUGGUGGUCGUCUAUUCGGCGAAUUCCGGCGACACGGCUGCCGACGGCCCCACUAACUCGGGGGUGGCAACGAGGUAGUUUCCGACUCGGAGGGAGUAGUUAUCCGGCAAAGUUGGAAACAGUUUGCAAUCUUGCCUUAUCAGGACGGUCGAAAGUUUACCCUCGGGACAAAAUACACGUCACGGGAGGAGCAAGGCGAAUUUAUCUUCCUCCAUGUCGAGGACGACUAUUAUGACGACGAGGAAGGCGACAACUUGGGGAACGUUAAUACGGCGUCGCUCGUGGAAAUAUUCUGUGACAAUGGGCAGUUCUAUAUAACGCCUGGAUCAGUGCGUAAUUGAAUAUUAGGGAAAAUAUACAAUUUUAUCUAUGGGUAAUUAAUUGUUCAGGUGUUUUAAAUAUUUAAUUUUAGGGAGUCG